UUAUUCCAUCCUGCAUCGAUGCAGUGGUCCGAUAACUUCGCAGCACGCUAAUUGUAUACGAAUAACACGGUUUUUUUAUUUAUUAAUUGCGAGAUACUAUCUAGUGAGUGCAAAGUGUACUUCCAUCUGAUUAUUAUUGGUGGAAAUGUUAAACUGGAGGGUUUCUUUGUGUGUAAUUAUUAUAACAGCAUUACACGAAUCCCAAACCGCGAAGCUGCCGUUCCUGCGUCCGACACAGCUAGGGUCUGAUGAUGAGGGGCGAGGGUCGGGAGGUCCGCUGGGGCUGGUGCGAGUACCGGAGGGUCUGCCUCCACCACUGUGCGCUGGCCGCUGUGCCUCUCCACCAGCCGGGCCCGUCUGUGCCUUCGAUGCCGCGGGCACAGCUCGAACAUUCGCCACACUAUGCGAGCUUGAGGCAGUCUCGUGUCACGAAAGUACUUAUUACGCGAUCACCAGCCUCGGGGAGUGUUGAGAGAAUAUUAUAUUAUAAAGUAUAGUUUUAAAACUUAGCUUCUAAUAUCGAUUUUGAAUAUGAAGAUAUUUGAAUUUAAUCAACCAUUAAUGUUACCGUUUAGUUAACUAAUAAAGUCCGUUAAUUAAUUCAAAACUAAAGUUUUCUUACGAUAUUCAUACUUUUAACAGAAAUGAUUCGAGUAAUUUUAUACGUGUGAAGGAGUUUUAAUGGGGUUAAAGAAAAUAAAAAUGUUUAAAAUCUCUUAAUUGGUCGGUUCGAUGUUUAGCUUUAAGAAAAACGUAGAAUAAAAUUAAAUUAAUACCUUUAUUUAUUGUACAAAGUACAAAUUGUCUUUCUAUUACACACAGAUGUUGGCUUCUUAAUAAAACCGAAGUAUUUCUUUUUCCAAUUAUUUUGUUCCCUUCGAACACAUAAAGAGGAUGUUGUAUUGUAUACAAGGAAAUAACAGUCAGUUCGUUAAAGUAUUUAUUAUAUUAGACAAUGGAAUAUUUUGAUUUAUAAUAUGUAUGAAUUAAAAUUUAUUUAAAUCAGUUUAAAUUUGUUAAAAACAAUUUUUUUAUUUGUACAAAAAAAUCCACAGUAAUUUUAACGUAUAAAUGUUAUAAUUAAUUAUACAAUAUAAUAAUGUAUGUUAGUAUUUUGUGGAAUAUUUUUUUAAAAUACCUAUUAAGAGAGACGGAUCGAGUCCGAUCCGGCACACUGGCCUUUACUCAAUUUGUGGAGAGCUGAAAAAGUAAAAAUUCGUUGUUAGUAUUGGAAUAAAAAAACUUAAAAAUAAACAAAUAUGUUAACAAAA